AUGCUGGCGCGACAUAUCUCCAAGCAAGCCGUUCGGCACGCCUCCAACCUGUCUCUGGAAAACGCCGGCCCUCUGAUGAGCGGCCUGGCUCGAGUGGUUCAGCCCGACAAGAAGGAGAAGGUGUCUCCGAUCCAGGUCAAGGGACUGAAGCGGUUCUGGGAAGAGCUGGCUGUCAAGGACCUCGAAAACGGCAACAUCACCGUGACUCUCGGGGGCAAGUCUCUGCGAACCAUGGGACAGCACGAUCUGAUUCUUCCUGCUACCAAGAAGCCGCUCGCCCACCUACUCAUGCACGAGUGGCAGGUUCUGCCCUCUCUCAAGCUCAAAAACCACUCUGUGCCGCUGACGUCGCUGGUGUCGCGAGCAAUUGACAUUUCCAAGUCUCCCGCUGUGCGAGACGCCGCCAUCAAGGAUAUUAUGCCUUAUAUUGACACCGACGCUCUCCUCAUCUUCGAGCCCUCCGACAGCUACCAGGGCCGUCUGCGAGCUGCUCAGGAAAACGACUUCCGACCUGUAAUUGCCGACGCCGAGAAGUUCUGGGGCGUGACCCUCAAGUCCAUGGACUCGGACAAGGGGCUGCUUGGCAACCGGCAGACUGCCGAGGACAAGGAGGCCGUGAAACAGUGGGCCUACACCCUGAGCCCGUGGCAGCUGGCUGCUCUGGAGCGAGCCACCCUGACCUCUAAGUCCUUUAUUUGUGGAGCCUUUUUGAUUUCGGGCAAGCUCACCCCCACCCAGGUGGCCGAGCUGGUGGGUCUGGAAACCAAGUUCCAGGUCGAGCGAUGGGGAGAGGUCGAGGAUACCCACGACGUGGACUUUUGCGACAUCCGAAGACAUUUGGCAUCUUGUUCGUUGCUCGCUCGAAUGUAA